UCUACUUUUUCUGUUAGGAUUGAAAUUGAGAAAGGAACAGUUGUCUCCAAAGAAAACAGAGUGUUUUCAAAGAGAACUGAAUUUCCACUCAUCUGUUCCAAUGGAAAUCUUACUCAAACAUGUCCAUCCAACUACCCUACAACAUUUAGAGUUGAAAAUGGUGACGAGCUACCAUCAAAUUGUAAAUGCCCGGGGUAUUUUCAAUGGAUUCAUGAAGAGUUGAAGCCAUUUAAGGCCACUGGGAUCACCAGAGACAUGGUGGAUAGUGUGAAGGAUAGGUCAAAUUUUCGGUUGGUGAUAGUGAAGGGGAAGGUUUAUGUGACGGAGCAUGUGAAGGCAAUACAGACUAGAGAUGUGUUCACUCUGUGGGGAAUUCUGCAGCUUGUGAGGAGGUAUCCGGGUAUGUUGCCGGACUUGGAGUUGAUGUUUGACUGCAGUGACAAGCCGGUCAUCAAAUCAAGCGACUACCCUGGUCCUAAUGCCACUGUUCCACCACCAUUGUUUCGAUAUUGUGGUGAUCAAUGGACAAUGGAUAUUGUCUUCCCUGACUGGUCCUUCUGGGGUUGGGCUGAAUUAAACAUAAAGCCAUGGGAGAGAAUUUUAAAGGAGCUAAAAGAAGGCAACGAGAGGACCAAAUGGAUGGAAAGGGAACCAUUUGCCUACUGGAAAGGGAACCCUUUUGUUUCUCUGGCCAGGCAAGACCUCAUCAAGUGUAAUGUCUCCGAUCAACAAGACUGGAAUGCUCGCCUAUUCGUACAGGAUUGGAAUCAGGAAAUUAAACAAGGUUUUAAGCAGUCAAAUUUAGCAAGUCAAUGCACUUACAGGUACAAGAUCUAUAUUGAAGGAUCUGCAUGGUCUGUAAGUGAAAAGUACAUACUAGCCUGUGAUUCAGUCGCAUUGCUAGUAAGACCACAUUACUAUGACUUCUUCACAAGAAGUCUACAGCCGGUGCACCAUUACUGGCCGAUAAGAGAUGAUGACAAAUGCAGGUCCAUUAAAUUUGCUGUAGACUGGGGAAAUAAUCACAAACAAAAGGCACGGGCCAUUGGAAAAACUGCGAGUGAGUUCAUUCAAGAAGAGCUGAAAAUGGAUUAUGUCUAUGACUACAUGUUUCAUUUGUUAAACGAAUACGCGAAGCUGUUGAAAUUCAAGCCUGAAAUACCAGAAGGAGCGGUGGAGUAUUGCUCGGAGACAAUGGCGUGCCGUGCAGAAGGGUUGGUGAAGAAGUUUAUGAUGGAAUCCAUGGUGAAAAGUCCUUCCAUUACAAGCCCUUGCAGUAUGCCUCCAUACGAACCUCAAGUUCUUGAAGGCUUUGUUAGGAGACAAACAAAUGGUAUAAAGCAAGUGGAGACAUGGGAGAAGAAAUAUUGGGAUGGUGUUAGUGAGAAUUAAGCGAUAGAUCAACAACAUUAGAUUGAUGGUAAACAAUUUUAUUACACUAGGAACUUGAAAUCCUUUUUUCCUUUUUGGAGUUUUCACUCUGAUUUAUCUUAGAUUAAGGAUUCAACUAUUUAAUACAUUGGCUGCGUUGCUGUAAA